CUAGAGCAUUUAUUUCCGAUAGUGGACGAUUGUUUAAUUGAUCAAGCACACGGCAAAUCACUUGCCUCUCGGUGCUAUAGCGCCUGCAGGCACAGAUAAUUUGUGCGAGUGUCUCAUCCUAGCUGCUUGUAUCGCACGUGGGGCUGUUGGCCAUUCCAAUAAGGAAGGCAUAAGAGUUUCCAAAUGCGACGCCUAGCCACAGUCGGUACAGAAUAGUGGUCUGUUCACGUCGCGGUAGCCCAGGUGCCAGAGAGCAGACACAGCGGCCGCGCAGACACCAAUCGGCGCAGCCUCGCCUUUCUUUAGGUAGCGCCAAGAAAAUCGCUGCCUGUGUUCUUAGGGAAAAUGAAACAUAAGCAAACUGCGGGGGAAGGGUGGGCUAACAACUAUCAAGCACAGAUGGGAGAGGGCGAGCAGAGAUCAACGCCUCCGGCCAGAAGCAGGCGCUGCACAGAGCAGUGAAAUUGGAUUGGCUUGCGGGUUCAUUCCCCAUCCGCCAGCUUCCCGGUAUCUGUACUUCGCCGUUCGUUAAAUUUUUUUUUCCAUUUCCACACCACCUUUGAUACCGCUGUUAUUCCUUUCUUCUUUUGAACCUUGUGAUUUGUUCUUGUUUUUGUUUUUUGUUUUUUACCUUGCCACUGUCCCUGUAACAGCCUCCUUCUUUUUCCGCCUAUUCUAUUUUCGGUUGGCUGUCACGACGUAAAAGAUCCCAUUAAUCGUCGUAACCAUCAAAACCUGUGCGCCUGUUAUGCUCUACCGAAACCUUCUCUUUAUCACGAAAUAUUCUCGCUUCGCCCCAACACACACCUCGGAGCAAGUACUUCGAGAGUAAGGAAGCCUAAAUAUACUCUGCACCAUAAGCGGCAAGGAUGGCUAAAUGUGAUGCCGUCGGGUAAUUCGAUUGGUAGAGCCGAAAGUGAUCGAGGCGCUUUAAUCAUGCCGCCCGGACCUAAUUUUAGAAAGGUAUAUAAGACAGCGGAGAUGAGAAUGCCUCGUGCGGAAAAUUUCGGGGAACCCCGCGGUUUAGUUUACCUAAAUUUCCGCCGAGUGCUGUGAUCUGUUAUAGCUACUGCUUUUAUUUUCUUGCGAUAUUAGAGAAUGUAGUUGACCUCAGGCUAAAGGUUCUCAAUUCAUUGGUGCCUCGACUUGCUUUCAUAUAUGUAUUUCCUUUCUGCUACUCCUGCCCCUUUCAUAAUUUUAAACAACUCCCACUCGCUAGAAGGCGAAGCACCCGCUGAUUGCGUUCACCGGUGUUGACCUCACAUCCAAGUGAUGACAAAAUUAGAGAACCUUUUAAACACAUGAGCGCCAUUCUACUAUUAAAAUUAUUUUAUAUGAAAUUUUUGCGCUUAUGUACAUCCGGUCUACUCAUGUUCUGCUCAAGUUUCUUCGUUAUGGUGUAAGAGACGUUUUUUUUAGAGCGAUAAAUUCUGCAGGGAAACUUAAGGCUGCGUGCAUGUAGGAAUUUGAGAGCAUUAUGGUCCCUUUCCUGAAUUGUUUUUUUUUUUUUCGCUCAUUCCUCGUCAGUGCGAGCUCUCGCCUGCGUUCUGACUACGCCUCGGCAAGGCCAAAUCAAAAUGCGUCAAGCGUCUCAACGCACACAAUUGCCCGCGAGGAGUUCAUAACUCGAAGGACCGCUCAGUGCCGUUCAAUUGGACAACAAUGCUUUUCAUUUCAUACAAUCAUUUGUACACUUAUUACGUGACGCCACCUGCACAACAUUAGCUGCGCCCUCACGUGCGCAAUGACGCACGCACUAGGCACGCCUUUAGUCGACUAAAACCAUGGAGUCACCGUGGCGUCGCGGAAGUGUACUGUCUUGUAGCAGCGGGUGCAAUCCCACUUCAUCUAAAUAGCCAUGCUGAUUUUUAAGGAUAUCUCCGGCGAUAAGAUGUUCACCGAUUCCAGCAAGUACAAGUUGAUGGACGACUGCACCUUCGAAAUUGAAUGUCACCAUGGUACCCACAAGCAGGGCGAAAUGCAGCUGGAUGGUGCAAACCGUUCUGCCGAAGAGGUUUACGAGGGCACAGAUGAGAAUGCAGAGAGCAGCCUGGGCCUGGUACUGAAUAUGCGGCUCACAGAAACCUGCUUUACCAAGGCUGACUACAACAACUACCUCAAGACCUACACCAAGGUGCUUCAGGAGAUGUGGCAGGAGGAGGGCAAGUGGCCUGAGGAGAUCGAAGAUACCAAGAGCAAGUUAACCACUGUUGUCAAAAAAUUAUGCUUCUUGUCCAAGUUGGGUGACUACCAGUUCAUUGGCGAUCCCUGCAAUGCUCAGGGCAUUGUUGGUCCCCUGGAGUACCGUGAACAAGAUAGCGGAGGGGAGACGGCGGUGAUGAUGAUCUUCAAGCAUCGUCUGGAUGAAGAAAAAGAUGUAAAUGUAUCGAGAGCUGAGAUAGAAGACCUAGUCUGCAGCGAAGAAUGGCCAAUCAGUGGCAGCAGAGGCGUUGACAACUUCGUCCUCGGAAGCCCUUGGCCCUGA